AAUCCAACUCAAUUAACUAAAACAUCGCAGUAGCCAGAAAGAUAGAAAGAAAAAGUAAUGGAAGGCGCAUCGGAGUCAAAAGCAGCCAAGUACCGAGGAAUCCGGAGGCGGCCGUGGGGCAAAUUCGCAGCCGAAAUACGAGACCCCAAUCGCAACGGGGCGCGCCUCUGGCUCGGCACUUUCGACACAGCCGAGGACGCCGCUCGUGCCUACGACAGAGCUGCUUUUGCUCUCAGGGGCCAUCAAGCUAUCCUCAACUUCCCUAACGACGGUCAUUAUAGAAAUCCUCCGCAUCAACAACCCCCGCAGGCGGAGGUGGAAGUGGAUGGAGGGCGGCGCCACCAGCAAGAUGGGGUCAUCGAGUUGGAGUAUUUGGAUGAUAAUUUGUUGGAGGAUCUUCUCGCCACACAAAACGAUUCCAGAAGAUUCUGAUUUUCUUAAUCCCAUUCAUUUUUCCAUUCAUUUUUCCAUUCUUGCAUUUCUUUGAUUUCAACCGAUGGAUUCAUUUGUUUGUUUUUGUUUCCAAUAAGGAAGGCUUUACUUAUACUAUAUGUAUUUUUAGUUUUGAAUUUUUAAUAAUUUUUCAUUUGAGAA